ACAUUCGACAUGGCAAAUUGACAGAUUUCGGUCUGUCCUGUCAUUAUAAUAUAUUUUCAGAAUCAGAAAUACUCUAUUAAAAAAAUGCUACGCCAGCCGCUGUCCCGGGCGCUUGCGCUAUCUCCCAGCCGAGUCGCACCGCUAGCGGCUCGCAAAUUUGCCGACCAAGUUCAAGCCCAGCCUGACAAAGUUGAGGUUUUUAUUAAUGACAAACCUGUAUAUGUCCCACCUGGCACUACUGUUUUGCAAGCAGCAGCUCAAGUUGGUGUUGAAAUACCUCGGUUUUGUUACCAUGAAAGAUUAGCAGUGGCUGGCAACUGUAGGAUGUGCUUGGUAGAAGUAGAGAAGUCACCCAAGCCUGUUGCAGCUUGCGCUAUGCCUGUUAUGAAAGGAAUGAGAGUUAAAACUGAUUCUGAUCUCACUAGAAAAGCUCGUGAGGGUGUCAUGGAGUUCUUACUUGUUAAUCAUCCUUUGGACUGCCCUAUCUGUGACCAGGGUGGUGAAUGUGACUUGCAAGAUCAGUCUAUGGCAUUUGGUUCUGAUAAGAGCCGGUUUACUGAUAUCCACUUUUCUGGAAAAAGGGCUGUGGAAGAUAAAGAUGUGGGACCAUUAAUAAAGACGAUUAUGACUCGAUGCAUCCACUGUACGAGGUGCAUUCGUUUUGCGUCUGAGGUGGCCGGUGUUGAUGAUUUCGGAACUACAGGUAGAGGAACUGACAUGCAGGUUGGAACAUAUGUCGAGAAAAUGUUCUUGUCUGAGUUAUCUGGAAAUAUUAUUGAUUUGUGCCCUGUUGGUGCACUCACUUCUAAACCAUACAGCUUUGCAGCUCGACCCUGGGAGACCAGGAGGAUUGAUUCAGUAGAUGUCUUAGAUCCCUUGGGUAGCAACAUUGUUGUCACGACACGUACAAACGAAGUACUACGUAUUUUACCGAGAACCAAUGAGGAGAUUAACGAGGAGUGGUUGUCAGACAAGUCGCGGUUCGCCUGCGACGGUCUGAAGCGUCAACGUCUCGUGACCCCCAUGAUAGCGGACAGCCGAGGGAACCUCACGCCUGUGGAGUGGGAGGACGCCAUCGUGGCCGCAGCACGAGCCCUGCGGGACUGCCCUCCGGAGAAGUUACUGGCGGUAGCGGGCGAUUUAGCGGAUGCGGAAUCAUUAGUUGCUCUAAAGGACAUGUUCAACCGCCUGGGCUCGGAGAAUGUAUGCACUGAGCAGUAUUUCCCGCUAGAGGGCUCUGGCACGGACUUGCGUUCCUCAUAUUUGCUGAAUACGAAGAUUGCCAACGUUGAAGAUGCCGAUUUUGUACUGUUGAUCGGUACGAACGUACGUUUUGAAGCGCCGCUGUUGAACGCACGCAUACGCAAGGCGUUCGUACACAAAGAGACGGAUGUAGCGCUCAUUGGACCGAAAGUCGACCUCACAUACGAUUACAUGCAUGUUGGCGACUCAGCCUCCAUCGUCAAGGAUCUAGCCACUGGUACGUCGUCUCAUGAAGUGUUGAAGAGGCUUGAGAACGCGAAGCGACCUGUAGUCAUUCUCGGAGCAGACCAGCUCAAAACUCCAGAGGGAGCAGCUCUGUUGGCGUACACCCAGGAGCUGUCGUUAAGGCUUCAGGAUAAAUUGGUUGAUAAGGAGUGGAAGGUGCUGAACGUGCUGCAGCGCACGGCGUCGCAGGCGGCGGCGCUGGACGUCGGCUACCAGGCGGGGCUGGGCGCGCGCCUGCGGGCCGGGCCGCGCCUUGUGUUCCUGCUGGGCGCCGACGCGGGGCUCGUCAGCCGCGCCGAGCUGCCCGCCGACUGCGUCGUCAUCUACCAAGGCCACCACGGCGACGCGGGCGCCGCGAUCGCGGACAUCGUGCUGCCGGGCGCCGCGUACACGGAAAAGCGCGCCACGUACGUGAACGCGGAGGGCCGCGCGCAGCAGACGCUGCCCGCCGUCUCGCCGCCGGGGAAGGCGCGCGAGGACUGGAAGAUCAUUCGGGCGCUGUCGGAGGUGGCGGGCGCGCGGCUGCCGUACGACACGCUGGACGAGCUGCGCGCGCGCCUGGCCGAGCUCAGCCCCGCGCUGCUGGCCUACGGCGACGUGCAGCCCAACAACUACUUCGCGCAGGCGCGCGCGCUCGCGCAGAGUCUGCAAAAACCGGUGUCCGGCAAGUUAGACGUGCAACUCAAGCAGUUGGAAGACUACUUCAUGACGGACUCCAUCAGCCGCGCCUCCCCGACUAUGGCUAAAUGCGUGCAAGCGGUUCUAAAGCAGAAGCAGUCUCCAUACUAAACAUACUAUCGAUGCACGAAUCCUUACUCACUUGUAAUCAUACCCACUUACAAAGUUAUAUAAAAUAUAAACUUUUGUAGCGUUUUUCAACAUUAAAAACAAUAUUUAAACUUAAAUCCAAUGUCAACGUAAUAAACAAUUUUCAAAUUUAAAUGAUAUAUUAGAAAAUGUGAGUUCAAAGUAUUCGUGUUAUAUAAUAAGUGAAAAAUUACAGUCAUAAAUACUUUUCAGUUAAUGUCUUAUAACAAUACUAGAUGAAAAGUAUUUUUGAAAUUUAAUUUAGUUUUUAAAUUUUAAAUUUGCCUUUCUGCAAUCAUUUUUACGAAGGAAAUACUUCAGAAAUGCAAGUGUACAGUCGGUCAUUCAUUCCUAUUCUAUCUUCAUCUCUUAAACUGACAUUAGAACGAACUAACGGUUGACUGUACUUCAAUGUACGAAGCUAUUUAUUUUUUAUUUUAUUCUACAAGUAGUGAAUUUUCAAUUAUUCCAUCAUAAAAAUGUAUUAAUAUUUAUAAUGUAACAAGAACAGUAGCGACAUGGGAAUGUAAACGAAAUUUUUGGAUAUAAGAACAGGUUUUGUAAAUAUGCGUUAAGUUUAAAAUAAAGUGUAGUAUAAUGAUUGUCGGAA